UACACCCCCCGCCUACAUGAACGUGACUUCUGCAGCCUAUAUAUACACUAAGACAGUCUCCUGUCUUCACUGCAUCACUCAGCUGACACCUGAACUCAUUCACCUUUACCUGACAGAACAACCAGUCCUUCAUCAGGAUGAAGACUCUGCUGGUCCUCUCCGUUCUACUGUGUGCUGCAUUAGCAGCUCCAGCUGGAGACGAGCAGAAACCUUUAGAAACAGUAGUGGAGCUCCCUCAGGAAGACGCUGCUCUUGAAGCUGCCCAGUCUGAACCUGAACCUGAGGAGGAAGCAGUUCCUGAACUUCAGUUUAACUUCUGUCCGAACUUCUGGCAACCACAUGAAUCUCUCUGCUUCAAGUUGAUCAGCAUUCCCAAGUCCUGGCACGAAGCGGAGGAGUACUGCAAUAAUCUGGGGGGCCACCUGGCCUCAGUCACAAACAGCAUGCAGUACAACUUCCUCCAGGGAAUGGCUCUGAACUACCACCAGAGCGUAGCGUGGCUUGGAGGCUUCUACCUGCAGGACCGCUGGAUGUGGAUUGAUCGCAAGAGUUUCCAUUACUCCAACUGGUACUCUCAGGCCACCCCAAGCAGCAGCUCCUGCAUGUAUUUACGCUCUAAUACCGGCUGGAGUAACACUCGCUGCAACAAUAAUUAUGCCUUCAUUUGCGUGAAGAACCCGUUCGGCUGUUAGCAUGGAGGCUAAAUACCUGCAG